AUGAACGCGGCUUAUGAAUCCCACCCAGAAGCGACAAAAAGCGGACACAAUGCACGUCCGCUCGGCCACUCAUUCCGGCUUAAACGCGACCAUGACCCGACUCGAGAGCUGCCUUUUGACAUUGUCCAUCUCAUUGUCGCAUACAUCAGCCCCCAUGACCUGCCAUCCCUCGCUCUUGUUUGCCACUUGUUCAAUGCCGCAGCUACGCCCAAAAUAUACGCGAAUAUCCGAUACACCCAUUUGCUCGCUAAACAGUGGGGCCAGAUCCUGUGUCCGGUCGAGCUACUGAGUGUUCGGCCUGAUCUUCUUGGCAUCUCAAGUCUCUCGGUGCGCAACAUUUCAUUAUUGCCACCACUCUUGCCUGACAACCGACCACAUGCACCGGUCUCUCUCCGCCUUCUCAGACAUUCGGGCCGUUCCUCUCUACAAAGGCGUUCCUCACCCACAAUUCAUUCGGCAUCUAUCCAUGUGGUCAAGCACACUCCGGGCCUGGCUUCUUUCUCAUGGGCAACCGCCGGGCUCUACGAUUCUCUUCUACUCAACAUCUUGCGCAUCUUGGCCCCUGGGAACGGUACGCCCAACCCCAUUAGGGCAGGAACCUCGACAGAGAACACUUGCAUGUUCGACCAGCAUCAUGAUCUAUCAAAUACAAAUUCCCAGCUUUUGCGCCUCAGUCUAACCGAGGAUGGCCUCUCGUCAACAGACGCUCACGUUCUCCAACGUCUCGGUCCCGUCGAGCAUAUGGCCUUGCAUAAACCCUCGCUCGGCGCGACUCGCGCACUUGUCGAUUGGAUCACAUCUGUCGGUCCACCUCUCUCAAGUCUCACCAUUUCGAACACCUACCACCUCGAUUCUCCUUUGCUCACACGCAUACUGUCCAACACGCCCAAACUCAAAUCACUCAGCAUCACUAAUUGCCUCCGCAUCGAGCCGUGUUCAUUGUUCUCGAUCAUCACCGACACUUCCCUCCCACUCGAAUCACUCACAUUUACUCUCCCUCGAGACGCCGAAUACGACUCGUUGGGCGCCACCUUUCCGUCCCUCCCAACGCUCCGACAUCUAUCGGUAUUGAUCGAGCCCCCAGCGAGCCCGACCCGGACCGGCACACCACCACGACCGAUCCGCUCGCACAACGCUUAUUUCGGCAUUUACUCAAAGCGAUCCGAAAUGUCGAUUUCUCGUCAACGGGCUUAUAACCACCCACGGACGGACACUGCGAAGACUGAACUGUUCAAGCUCGCUCUCUCUGCCUAUAGCGUGGCUGACGUCCUCAAACACGUGUCCAAUUUGGAGCAACUUAGUCUGGAGCUCGGUGGAGUCCUUGACGACUUGGAUUUGAUCAUCGAGGCUCUGCCAGCUGCACAGCACCUACACACCCUCAUCGACACUUCCCCAACCGUCACAACCACGACGCACGACCGUAACCGCAACCGCUGGCGACAGCCCCAACCACCCCACCACUCGGCCGACCCGAAACCUUUGCGACCCAAGUUUCGAGCUCUCACCCGGGCCCAGGCCGGUCUCCUAUUGGAAGCAGGACCGGUGCUUGCCAAUGUCGUCUCACAACAACGAAAUUGGGCGGAUGAAACCAACACUGCUGCGGAAAUUCAGAUUCCAGACCACACGCACCCCCUCGGUCUAAUCAAUCGUGUUUAUCUGUGA